GACCGGGCGGGUUACCUUUCUUGGAAAGGGAGGUGUGGCUGCUCUGGCGUCCCGCCCGCCCCGCCCCCCCGCCCCCACCUGGCGCACCUAGGGCGGGCCGCCGGGGUGGGGCGGGGCAGGGCAGGCGCCUACCCACGGGACUCCAACCCGGAACUAGUCUCGGCUCCCUUGGGAAGGCCGCGGCCCCUGGCCAGGAGCGGGACCCUAACCCCUGAGUGCGGGCCACGGGGUCCAGGCCUUGAACAGAGGGACGUCCUCGUUCUCGGAGGUACCAGACCAGGCGCGCCCUUGGCCGGAGCUUAGACGGUCUGGAAACUACAGGCGCCCCUGCCCUGGCUGGACCAUGGCGCCCCCGCGGAACGUGGUGAAGAUCGCGGUCCAGAUGCCUGACGCCAUCCCGCAGCUCAUCCAGCUGGACCAGGCAAAGCCUCUGGCCGCUGUGCUGAAGGAGGUGUGCGACGCGUGGAGUUUGGUUCACUCGGAACGCUACGCCCUGCAGUUUGCUGAUGGACAUAGGAGCUACAUCACUGAGAACAACCGCACAGAGAUCAAGAAUGGCAGCAUCCUGUGCCUCAGCACUGCCCCAGACCUUGAGGCUGAGCGGCUGUUAGGUGGGCUGCAGAGUGGGAGUCGUGAAAGGCGCCGGGAAGCUCUGCAGCACCUCGUCUUGCUGACCCCGGACGUCACCUUUGCCCAGGAGGUCAUCAGCCGUGAUGGGCUUCAGAGACUAGGCACCAUCAUUGAGGAUGGGGAUGACUUAGGGGAGGUGCUGACCCUUGCACUGAGGGCCUUCUUGGAGCUCAUGGAACACGGCAUGGUGUCCUGGGAGACGCUCAGCAUCCCCUUUGUUAGGAAGGUGGUGUGCUACGUGAACAUGAACCUGAUGGAUGCAUCUGUGCAGCCCCUGGCCCUCAGGCUGCUAGAGAGUGUGACCUUGAGCAGCCCUGCUCUGGGCCAGCUGGUCAAGAGUGAGGUACCACUGGAUAGGCUGCUGGUCCACCUACAGGUGAUGAACCAGCAGCUACAAACCAAGGCUAUGGCAUUGCUGACAGCCUUGCUCCAGGGGGCCAACCCUGCUGAACGCAAGCACAUGCUUGGCUACCUGUGGCAGAGAAACCUUCGCCAGUUCAUCUAUAAGAACAUCAUCCACAGUGCAACACCAUUGGGCGACGAGAUGGCUCACCAUUUGUAUGUACUGCAGGCCCUUAUGUUGGGGCUGCUGGAGCCACGCAUGAGGACGCCACUGGACCCCUACAGCCAGGAACAGCGGGAGCAGCUGCAGGCCCUGCGCCAGGCUGCCUUUGAGUCGGAGGGGGAGUCUCUGGGCACUGGGCUGAGUGCCGACCGCCGCCGUUCCUUGUGUGCCCGCGAGUUCCGAAAACUGGGCUUCUCUAAUAGCAACCCUGCACAGGAUCUAGAGCGCGUGCCCCCUGGCCUGCUGGCCCUGGACAACAUGCUCUACUUCUCCAGACACGCACCUAGUGCCUAUAGCCGGCUGGUGUUGGAGAACAGCAGCCGUGAGGACAAGCACGAGUGCCCCUUUGCCCAGAGCAGCAUCCAGCUGACCGUGCUGCUGUGCGAGCUGCUCCGCGUCGGGGAGCCCUGCUCCGAAACAGCCCAGGACUUUUCGCCCAUGUUUUUCGGCCAAGACCAGAGUUUCCAUGAGCUCUUCUGUGUGAGCAUCCAGCUGCUGAAUAAGACCUGGAAGGAGAUGCGAGCCACCCAGGAGGACUUUGACAAGAACUGGGUGGCUCCAGGUCAUGCAGGUGGUGCGGGAGCAGCUGGCCCGUACGCUGGCCCUGAAGCCCAGCUCCCUGGAGCUUUUCCGAACCAAGGUGAAUGCGCUUCCCUAUGGGGAGGUGCUGCGGCUGAGGCAGACAGAGCGGCUGCAUCAGGAGGGCACGCUGGCCCCUCCCAUACUGUGAGUUGCUGGGAGUGGGUCCCAGUCCUGGCCCCACCUGCCCCCACGGGCCUUGCCCCAGGUCAGUCCCAGUCAGCAAGCCUUCCCCUUGCCCCCUCCGCCCCCCAACCCAGGGAGCUACGGGAGAAGCUGAAGCCAGAGCUCAUGGGCCUCAUCCGCCAGCAGCGUUUGCUCCGCCUCUGCGAGGGGACACUCUUCCGCAAAAUCAGCAGCCGGAGGCGCCAGGACAAGCUGUGGUUCUGCUGCCUGUCCCCCAACCACAAGGUGCUGCAGUACGGGGACGUGGAGGAGAGCGCCAGCCCACCCACCGUGGAGAGCCUGCCUGAGCAGCGUGAGGAGGACGGGACAGGGGUCCGGGUCAGCCACCUGCCCUCCCGAGACCACCCCCUGUGCGGGGCCCCCCUGGGUCCCAGUGGUCAGCCCGGCCUUCUUCCCACAGUCGCUGUGGCCGAUAUCAAGGCACUGCUCACAGGCAAAGACUGCCCCCACGUCCGGGAGAAGGGCUCAGGGAAGCAGAACAAGGAUCUCUAUGAGUUAGCCUUCUCCAUCAGCUAUGACCACGGGGAGGCGGAGGCAUACCUCAACUUCAUCGCCCCAUCCAAACGGGAGUUUCACCUGUGGACAGAUGGGCUGAGCGCCCUGCUCGGCGGUCCCAUGGGCAGUGAGCAGACUCGGCUGGACCUGGAACAGCUGCUGACGAUGGAGACCAAGCUGCGGUUGUUGGAGCUGGAGAAUGUGCCCAUUCCCGAGCAGCCGCCUCCCAUCCCCCCGCCCCCCACCAAUUUCAACUUCUGCUAUGACUGCAGCAUCACUGAGCCUUGACAGUGAGGUUGGCCAUGGGCCACAGCUGCUGGCAUUGGUGACCGUGAAGGGUGGAGGGUGGUAAAACCCAGACACCCUCCAGCAGAGGCUGCCGCAGAAAUAAAGUCUGCUUGACUCUGGGGUGUGUGUCGAGCCAGUUCUGCAACUGUGGGCCAAGCCUGCCUUCAAAUUUAGCUGGCAAAUGAGAUGGGGCAUCAGGCCAAGGUCACUGCUUGGGGCCACAAACCUGGGCGGCCGCAGUUGAGGGGCUGGUGUUGUGAAGGAGGGGCUGGAGACAAGCUGACCCUAUUGUCCUUCCACAGGAUGAGUCCUCAGCCUUCCUCGGUGCUGGGCCUGCAGGGAGGGAUGUCCUCUGGUCUGGGUAGCAGCCCACUGAGGGACGUGGGGCAGAAGAUACUGCCCUAAGUGGAUGCCUUCCUGGGCCACAUUAACAGGGGCCUAGUUUCCAGAAGGCUCCUGACAGUCUGAACUCAGUCCUCAGUCCUGCUUGGCCCUGCCUGGUGUCCUUUUCAAGACUUGGAGGCCCUCUGGUGAGAGGUCUGGAGGGACAGAUGUGAAGCUGGGUCUGUUCUGUGCUGAAUGGCAAACUCUUAUGAUUCCAAACAUGUCCCCAGGUGCUGGGAGGAUAGGGCUGAUGCUGACAAGAGGGAAUUCAGUGCCGGAAGCCUGGCAUUC